CGCGCCCCGCUAGAGCGGCCGGGGCCGCGGGGCCGCGGGGCACGCCGGGAAGGGGACGGCCUCCCGCAGACCUCCCGCCCUCCGCCGCCAUGGCGCCGCCGCCGCCGCCUCUCGCCGCCCUCCUCCUCCUCUUUCUCCUCCUCCUCCUGCUGCCGCCGCCGCCGCCGGCAGCCGGUGCCUGGGACGCGGCCGGGUACCUGCUGUACUGCCCCUGCAUGGGCCGCUUCGGGAACCAGGCCGAGCACCUGCUGGGCGCCCUCGCCUUCGCCCGAGCCCUCAACCGCACGCUGGCCGUGCCGCCGUGGAUCGAGUACCGGCACCACCGGCCGCCAUACACCAACCUGCACGUCCCCUACGAGCAGUACUUCAGGCUGCAGCCGCUGCUGCGCUACCACCGCGUGCUGAGCCUCGAGGAGUUCAUGGCGGAGCUGGCGCCGCGGCACUGGCCGCCCGGGGAGCGCGUGGCGUACUGCUUCGAGGCGGCGGCGCAGAGGAGCGCGGACAGGAGCAGCUGUCCCAUGAAGGAUGGAAAUCCCUUUGGCCCGUUCUGGGAUCAGUUCAAGGUGGAUUUUGAUAAGUCUGAACUCUUCAAGGGAAUCUCCUUCAGUCCUGCAUACAAGGACCAGUGGAUCCAAAGGUUUCCACCAUCUGAGCACCCCGUACUUGCCUUACCCGGGGCUCCAGCCCAGUUCCCGGUCCUAGAGGAGCACCGCCCCCUCCAGAAGUACAUCGUGUGGUCUGACGAAAUGGUGAAGAAAGGAGACGCCUACAUUCAUUCCCUGCUGGUUAGGCCGUAUGUAGGAAUUCACCUGAGGAUCGGCUCGGAUUGGAAAAAUGCUUGUAACAUGUUAAAGGACGGGACAGCCGGGUCCCACUUCAUGGCGUCACCUCAGUGCGUGGGCUAUGACCGAAGCACGGCUGUGCCCCUCACCAUGGACAUGUGCCUGCCGGACCUCAAAGAGAUCAAACGUGCCCUCAAGCUGUGGGUGAAAAAGACGGAAGCUAAAUCUGUUUAUAUUGCUACUGAUUCCGAGCCCUACGCAAAGGAAAUACAGCAGUUCUUCCAAGGAAAGGUCAAAGUCGUAAGCCUGCAGCCGGAGGUGGCUCAGAUCGAUUUGUAUAUUCUUGGCCAGUCCGAUCACUUCAUCGGGAACUGCGUCUCUUCCUUCACUGCCUUCGUAAAAAGAGAGCGUGACGUGCAUGGAAAACCCUCUUCGUUUUUUGGCAUGGACCACCCGCCGAGGUUACGGGAUGAGUUCUGACCAAAAGAGGAACAGGCUUGAUAGUUCUCAGAGCUCUGAGCGCGGUACCUCGCUGAGGGACCACUCGGGUGCUAACGGUGUUCUCCGCUGUGCAGAGCACACUGCCGGGCUGCCGCACGCCUGUUUCCAGCUCCUGGGUACUCCUCACAGUCACUCUUCUGUCUGACCUCUCUUCUGUGUUUCCAGGGCGAUACCAGACAGAAAAGAAAUUUUAAAUCAUGAAGUUUGUAGGAAACUGGAAACUGUAAACUAUAUGCAUACAGUUCUUAUGAUGUAGUUUAUAUCUCUCUCCAUCCUCAUUUUUGGGGGUUUGCCAACAAUUACAAAGAAGCUGCUC